AUGGCGACGUCGCUCGAUGAACCCGCGCGCGGUCGCACGAGUGGCGUUGAUUCGACUUCCAACGCGCGGUUGAACUCGCAAGACGUCGAGGAACGCUCGACGGAGCGCGCGGACUCGCGAAGCGCGUUGACCGCGGUGGACCGCGCUCGAGGACGCGCGGGUGUCGCGCGAGAGAGCUCGCAACCAUGCCGCCCGAGAGCGGUGCGGUUCGCGACGACGAUGCCGAACACAAUCACGCAUAGUAUUAUGCUCGCUCGCGGCUGGAGCGAGGUCUCGCCCACGGACUCGAAUUGGGAUUUGUUUUACGCGGACGUCGGUUGGAUACACGAAAACGUGCCUUACAAGAGCGGCGCGCACAUGGCGGAGCACCAACGCGUGAACCAUUUCGCUAAUCACGUGGAGCUGACGCGCAAGGAUUUGAUGGCGAAGAAUUUGAACCGGGCGAAGAGACAAGCCGCGAAGAAAGGGGGAACUGAGGCGGCGAAAUGUUUUGAUAUUUUACCCCUCACGUACGUGAUGCCGCACGAGGCGUUGAUGAUGCAGCGCGCUUUCCGUGAUCACGGUGGCUUGUGGAUCAUGAAACCGAUCGGACGCGCGCAGGGUAAAGGAAUUUUCAUGGUCCAUAAACUCUCUCAAAUCACCAAGUGGCUCGCCGAGCGCGAGAAGAGUGGUGCGGAGAAUAUAUGCAUCGACAACUACGUCGCGCAGCGAUACAUUUCCAAUCCGUAUUGCGUCGGCGGUAGAAAAUUUGACAUGCGCUUGUACGUGUUGGUUCUUUCAUAUCGCCCGCUUCGGGCGUAUUUAUAUCGCGAAGGAUUCGCAAGAUUCACCGCGGCGCGGUACACGUGCGACAAGGAGUCGUUGGGAGAUGAAAUGGUGCACUUGACGAAUCACUCGGUGCAAAAGCGAGACGCGAAUUACGACGCUUCCAAGUGCGAUUUGCGAUGGAGCGCGCGUAGUGUUCGCCAGUACAUCGCCGCGAAGCACGGCACGGCGACUUCGGACGCGCUCAUAGAAGAGAUUACCAAACUCAUCAUCAACUCUUUGCUUUCCGUGGCGCCAGUGAUGAUAAACGAUCGACAUUGUUUUGAAAUGUACGGGUACGACGUCAUGUUGGACGAAAAUUUGCGACCGUGGCUCAUCGAAGUAAACGCGUCACCAUCGAUGAGCGUCGAUAGCGCGAGCGAUAGAGCGUUGAAAACGGCACUCUUCGAAGAUGUGCUAAACGUGGUCGACAUGGAGAAGCAAUUCGAUCGAACGAGUGACACCGCGAAACGCGUUGGGGGCUUUGAUUUAAUACACGACGGCGUCGUCGUCGAAGAAAAUCUACGCCUACUCGGGGCACUGAAUGACGAUAGAGAAUCAUCUUUGGCGCGAACGCAAAUGGUUUAUGAUGAAAAAAUGGCGAUGUGA